CUUUCCUUCUCAUUGUAUCAGGCGUAACCCGCCAAAACGCGCACAACGUCACAAAUGCAAUCAUUUCACUUCUCCUCGAUUCUCUGCCCUCUUCUCUUCUUCCUUGAUCUUCGUUUGUGUGCUUUUUAAUCAAGUCGGCGGCAAUAUCACCCACCUUUUUAGGAGCAGAGUAACAGAAUCUUGCUUAGGUAUUUAUCUUCUUCUCCCCAGUUUCACGGAAGUUGCGAUACUAUUUCAAACGAAACUUCUUGGGGUGGCUACAAACGCAAACCAAUAUCAUGUUCAACCGGGAGCGAUAACCAAGGCAAACAAAUAUUCCUUUCUUCCCCUCAACUCAACUGCCCGUUUGCUUCCCUUGCUAUACUGUGUUUGCCGAUAUGGCCCAAAACCUACAGUCUCGCCAUGGGAAGGAAUGCCGCGCUGACAAGGCAUACUACGAAUGUAGUGACUUCGACUUUGACUUCAAAGGCUGUUGCUCUCACGAUCCAUGCAUCAGGCCUCGUGGCUGUCGCGACGACGACUCUACAGAUCGUGGUUCGUGGCCAAUUCGCGACAUGUCAGACAUCGAGAGCAGUGCUUCAGAGACGACCGCUAUUGAGAGUACUGUAGAUAUGAGGCCUGCUGUUGGGAGCGGCAUUUUCACUGCGAGCUUUCCUUCAGAUGAUUCUGACACCGAAAGCACUCUCGUGACUCGAAGACGGCCCUCUUCCCACUCCAGCAUGGACGACGAUAAUGAGAAUGACGCUUCGCCUCGUAGGCAUUCACACUCGAAGACUAUGACAGACUCGGGUACUACUCGCACAAUCCCUAACUCAAUUCGAAUUACGGUGACCAAGAAUACGGUUAUAUUCACCAGCAAGCUGCCUUCCAGCAGCACAUCCGUUGAAUCAAUCACCGAGACCGCAGUCGAUACAACCCCAACCGCCUCCUUUCAGAGUACGCCAGCCCAGAGCCCCACUGAGACAGGAGCCUCGAGCCUUUCCACAGGUGAUAGCGACUCUGGAGGUCCUUCCAUUGGACUCAUUGUUGGAGGUGUGGUUGGGGGUGUUGCGGCUUUGGCUCUCGUGGUUCUCGUUGUGAUUAUUCUUCGUCGUCGCAAGGACACCGACGAGCAACUGGAUGGUGCUGAUAUGCCCUACAACAACUUUGAUGAAAAGGAGGAAAAGAGUUAUCUCAGCCGGAUGUUGUCACGCAGUACCAACAAGGGGGGCACUGAUCCGUUUGCGCCAUUUGGAGGUACGUCUCGCCGAUAUGCACCAUCAGAGUCAUCAUCAGAAGUGACCGACUCGUUUCCGAAACAAAUGCUAAAACUACUCUGCAGGCCGUAUCGACAGAGUAGACGACCUCCUCCGCCCACCCAGUGGCACUUUUGAGAUGGAUGCUACAGAAAAUGUCGUUCAUGAGCUUCCUACAGCCACUUUCAGCGACGCCCAAGCAAAUGAGUCUCAGCCAGGUGGUCAUGCGGCUGCCGGCCAGCCAGGCCGUCCUUUCCAAACUGGACCUGCUGCAGCACCUGAAUAUCCCCCGGCGACUACGUAUCCUGUUGACCCUCGUGCCAACCUCAACGCCACUCUCGAAGAUCGCCAACAAAAACAGUUUGUCAACCACUGGAAUCAGUAUAAAGCCCUCGGAGAAGGUGCGCACCAAGGGUAGUGGAUUUCAUGGAAAAGGAUUCAGGUGUAGUUCACAAUUGACGAGGUCAAUAUCACAAGCAUUUUCUGGUGUUGUGCGGAGAAUGAAUACUUUGCAUUCUCCCUUUCUUUUUGUACAAUAUGAUUCGCUAG